UCCACUCUAAUAAGCAAUCAGGAAUUCAGGAUUCAGGCAGAUCGCAGUAGUGCACCAGCGCAGCGGCAUCGAUCUCGCAAUGGCUCCUGCCGUAGUCGGCAUGAUGGCGUGCCUAGCGCUCUUCCUCCUCGUGCUGGCCUCGAGCGCCGAGGCAGCGGCGCUUGGCCGGAAGGCCAGCACCGUCGAGCUGGCGGCGGCUGCGGCUGCUGCAGGAGGGAAGUACGCGGUGAUCUUCGACGCCGGCAGCACGGGCACGCGCGUGCACGUCUUCAGGUUCGACACGGAGAUGGAGCUCGUCGAGAUCGGCCAUGACAUCGAGGUCUUCGCCAAGGUGGAACCGGGGCUGAGCUCGUACGCCGGACGGCCCCAGGAAGCUGCCGACUCCAUACUUCCUCUGCUCCAGAAGGCCAAGAGCGUCGUGCCCCGGUGGCUCAUGAGAAGAACGGCCGUCAAACUAGGGGCAACGGCUGGACUCAGACUUAUCGGAGAUGAGAAAGCAGAGCAAAUCCUUGAAGCGGUCAGGGGUGUUAUCCACACCAAGAGCAAGUUUCAGUACGAUCCUAGCUGGAUCAAUGUUCUUGAGGGAUCUCAAGAAGGAUCUUAUCUAUGGGUUGCUCUGAAUUAUCUGUUGGAUAAACUGGGAGGAGACUACGGGAAGACGGUAGGCGUGAUUGAUCUUGGAGGCGGGUCUGUGCAAAUGGCUUAUGCCAUUUCUGAAGAUGCUGCUGCUGCCGCGCCAGUGGUGCCCGACGGGAAGGAUCCCUACGUUACCAAAGAGUAUCUUAAAGGAAGGGAUUAUAAUAUCUACGCUCACAGUUACUUGCACUACGGUGCGAUGGCUUCUCGCGCAGAGAUCUUCAAGGCGAAGAACGGACCGGUCAGCUACUGCAUGCUGCGCGGUUUCGUUGGUGAAUACAGCUACAACGGAGAGCAAUUCGACGCAACGGCGUCGCUGCAGGGAGCAGCGUACGACAAGUGCAGGGAGGACGUGACCAAGGCGCUGAAACUGGGCGCGGCCUGCGAGCACAAGAACUGCACCUUCAACGGCGCCUGGAACGGCGGCGGCGGCGCCGGCCAGACCGACCUCUACGUCACCUCCACCUUCUACUACGUGGCCUCGGAGGUUGGCCUCAUCGACGGCGAGGCUGCCAGCGGGAAGACCACCCCUGCGGCGUUCGGGGCCGCCGCCGAGAAGAUCUGCGCGAUGAGCUUCGAGGAGACCAAGGCUGCUUACACGCGUGUCCGAGCCUCGGACGCGCCUUACAUUUGCAUGGACCUCGUCUACCAGUACUCCUUGCUCGUCGAUGGAUUCGGUUUGGAGCCGGCGAAGGAGAUCACGGUGGCGCAGAAGGUGAAGCACGGGGAAUACUUCCUGGAGGCUGCGUGGCCGCUUGGAGAAGCUAUAGAGGCCGUGUCGCCCAAAAAGCUGCUCCGGGAUGCAUAAUUUAUUAGCUAGCUAGCUAGCUAGUCGAUCCCUUCGAACAGGCGUGUGUAUUGGUCGAUCGGGGAAUUAUAAACGUGCAUGCAUGCAUGGUCGCCAUCUUUGUCAUUCCAUCUGUCAAGCUGUGCUUUCAGAAAAUACAAGAGGUCAUGCAUUUUAUUUUCUUAAUUUGGUCCAAGUUUUAAUUAAACGUUACUCUAUGCAUAUUACAAAUAUUAAUAUGUCAAGUAAAUUAAUGGAUU